AUGAAACCACACACCAAGAGCUACCACAACCGAUGUGUCAAACCGAUCCACCACAACAAAGGUGACAAGUGCACAACCGAUGCACCAAACAAAGGUGCUCAACCGAUGCACCACACCAAGGUGCUCACCAUGGUCUACAACCGAUGCACCACCAAGGGCUACAACCGACCACAACCGUGCACCACAGUCAAACCAUCAACCAAGGUGCUACAACCGAUGCCACACAAACCAAAGGGCUACAACCGAUGCCACCACAACCAAAGUGCUACAACCAUAGGUGCUACAACCACCACCACCAAAGUACAACGUCGACUCACAACCAAAUGGUGCAACCGAUGUGCACAACCACCCACAAAUGCUACAACGAUGCCACCACAAAUGCCACAACGUACCACACAACCAAAGUGCUACAACCGAGCCACACAAGCCAACCUGGCCAACACCACCAAACCAGGUGCUACAACCGAUGCCACCACAACCAAAGGUGCUACAACUGAUGGUACUACAACCAUUGCCACCACAACCAAUGGUGCUACAACCGAUGCCACCAUAACCAAAGGUGUUACAACCGAUGCCACCACAACCGAUGGUGCUACAAUCGAUGCCACCACAACCAAUGGUGUUACAACCGAUGCCACCACAACCAAAGGUGCUGCAACCAAAGGUGCUACAACCGAUGCUACCACAACCAAUGGUGUUACAACCGAUGCCACCACAACCAAAGGUGCUGCAACCAAAGGUGCUACAACCGAUGCCACCGCAACCGAUGGUGCUACAACCGAUGCCACCACAACCAAAAGUGCUACAACCGAUGGUGCUACAACCGAUGCCACCGCAACCAAAGGUGCUACAACCGAUGGUGCUACAACCAAUGCCACCACAACCAAAGGUGCUACAACCGAUGCCACCACAACCAAUGGUGCUACAACCGAUGGUGCUACAACCGAUGCCACCACAACCAGAGGUGCUACAACUGAUGGUACUACAACCAUUGCCACCACAACCAAGGGUGCUACAAUCGAUGCCACCACAACCAGGGGUGCUACAACCGAUGCCACCACAACCAAUGGUGCUACAACCGAUGCCACCAUAACCAAAGGUGCUACAACCGAUGCUACCACAAUCAAUGGUGCUACAACCGAUGCCACCACAACCAAAGGUGCUACAACCGAUGGUACUACAACCGAUGCCACCACAACCAAAGGUGCUGCAACCAAAGGUGCUACAACCGAUGCUACCACAACCAAUGGUGUUACAACUGAUGCCACCACAACCAAAGGUGCUGCAACCAAAGGUGCUACAACCGAUGCCACCACAACCAAAAGUGCUACAACCGAUGCCACCACAACCAAAAGUGCUACAACCGAUGGUGCUACAACCGAUGCCACCACAACCAAAGGUGCUACAACCGAUGGUGCUACAACCGAUGAUACUACAACCGAUGCCACCACAACCAAAAGUGCUACAACUGAUGCCACCACAACCAAAAGUGCUACAACCGAUGCCACCACAACUGAGGGUGCUACAACAGAUGCCACCACAACCAAAGGUGCUACAACCGUUGCCACCACAACCGAUGGUGCUACAAUGGGUGCCACCAGAACUGAUGUUGCAUCUAGUGCCAAUACAACCAAUGGCACUACAGCUGAUGGUGCUAAAACUGAUGGUGUUAUAAUUGUUUUUACCAGAACUGGUACAACUGUUUCUACAACAUCUACAUAA